AUGCCCAACGCCACUGGGCUUCGAAUGGCCAAUAAAGGCUCUACUAAGGGAGCUCCAAUGCCAGGAAUGGAAGGAAGUGUGGCAAAGGAUUUGAAGAAGGCUCCUGCCUUCUUGGAGGAAAACAAGUCUUCUGGUGAUGAGGAUCUUGGCGGAGGGCCUGCCUUGACUGGGAAGAAAAGGAAGGACCGGAGGGGUUCUGCGGAUGAGGACAGGAGUGGUGUGACAAAAAGGGUGUUGAGGUCCGAUGCCAUGAAGCUGCGUGCUGAGGCUGAGGCAGCCUGUGGAGUGGGUGCGGAGGUUGGCAAAACUGACAGUUUGGAGACGAAACACUGUGAGGCUAUUGUGGAGGCUGAGGCUUGCAAAGGCAGGGUGCUGAUGGAAGUAACUUGCAAUGGUGAGGAAGCCAAUGGAUUGGAUAACUUGGACGCGAGCGAUGUCUCGGAAGAGUCAGCUAGGUGUUCUGAGAAUAAUAUGGGAAUGCCUGGUGUUCCUGCAACAGAUAUUUCUCAAGGUGAUGGCUUAGGCACUCAAGGUAGCAAUUCAGAAUCAGAUGAUAAGACAGUCAAAUCAGAUGAGAAGGUGUCCGCUGUAACUCAUUCAGAGCAGAAUGACUCCAGAGCUGGAAUAAACAGUUUGAGUGUUGAUGAGGCCCAAGAUAACAAAGUGAGACAUGGGCCUUGUCAGGGUGAGGUCAUAGAUUCAGCAAUUGCUGAUGAUGCCAACACAAGUACAGAUUUAACCAAAACCAUCCCUACCAGUGGAUCAGAAUCUGUUAAGCAGGAGGAUAGUAAGCAGGAGAAUAAUGUGGUUCAUACUGAGGAAGUGAUACUCCACAGUAGUGAUCCGAAAAUUGAGAAGCAUUCUCACAUUGACGAUGUUUGUACAGAAACCGACAUUUCUUUGACUGAGAAUGGAAGAUGCACAGUAGAUAACCACACUGAUCUAACUGGGUGCACUAAGCAGGAGGAGAGGGGAAGCCCCGUGAACGAAGCCAAUGAUGUUUCAUCACAUGACAUUGUCUUUACAAGGAGAGGUAGAAAAUCAUGUGAGGCAAAGCAGGGGACAUGUGGAGAGGAGUCGCGGUUUGAGAAGCGAGUUACAAGGUCAGCUACAGUUAGGCAGAGAGAAGUUUCUGGAAGCUCACAUAAAACUACCACAAAUGAGGCUGCACUAGGAAGCAGAGGGAGGAAGGGAGAUAUUGUUGCUCAUUAUACAAGGAAAAUGAGCAGUGCAGUAUCUCCAAAAGGUCACCAUGCUGAGCUAGGAGAACGUAAUACCAGUAUGGAGAAGCAAGCAGUGAAAGAAAAGGUGGCUGAUCGAAGAGACUCAGGUGUUACUGAGAAUGAUAAUCAUGUGAAUGCCACAGAGAAUAAGGAAUCAGAAAAUGAAACAGAGAUCAAUUUGAAGACACAACCACCUGUGGGAAGUGUCAGCAUUCUUAAGAAAACAACUGGAGCAGCUGUUUCUGCGGUGGAUCAGAAUAUCUCUGGUUCAGCCAUCACUGAGAGAAAUGAUAUGGAGCAUACUGAUUCUGAUGGAGUUAAAUCUGAAAAUAAGACUCCUGUGCAGAAACCACUACUGUCUGUUGGUGCGAAAAUUGUUGCCAGCAAGAAGAGGAUAUUGGAAGCAGGGCUUGAUAAAAUCACUGGAAAGUCACCAAUUGCUUUGCCAGCCAUGAAGAAAAGAAAUACGUCUUCUGAUCCUGAGAUAGACCAACCAAAUAAGUCUUCUGGAGAGAAGCUUAUUGGGAAUAACUGUGAUUUGGGCAAUAAACGUGUUCUGAGGGAACGGCAGCAUCGCAAUCAAACAAAUUUAUCAAGCAGAUCUUCUAACCACUCUAAUCAAAAUGCUAUCAAGCAGACACAGGAUCAAUCUGAUGAUGAUGAGAUCAGCAGUGAUACUUCCUACAGGAGAACUCGUAGCGGACGUCGUCGUGGUGCUGCCCGUCUUGUCGUGCCAAAACAAGAGGACUCCAGUGAUUCUGAAGAAGUUAUUGUUGUGAAAAAGAAUCGGCGGAAAAGGAAGAAAUCUGUGCAUAAACAAAGGGCUGGAUCUAAGUUGAAGCAUACUUCUGGUCCUUCCAAAGCAGGUCGUUUGGGUAGACCUCCUCUGAUCAAAUCUGAAUCUAGCUCCUUAUCUCUGCAGCCAGGAAAAGGGAAAAUGAAGGUGCCUGAAGGUACAGGAACUCUUCGUGAAGAAAAGCAAAAAAUAAGUGAUCAGAUAAAGGCCAUGCUUCUAGAUGCUGGCUGGACAAUUGAUUUAAGACCCAGGAAUGGUAGAGACUACAUGGAUUCCGUGUAUAUACCUCCUAGUGGCAAAGGGUCUUACUGGUCAGUCACAAAAGCAUAUUAUGCGUUUCGUGCAAGUAUGGAAUCUGAGCAGAAGGAAAGUUCUAAAGACCAGACUUUGUCAAAAAAAUCUGUUGGUAGCCCUGGCAAAAUGCAGGUCUCUGGUUCUUCAGGUUGUACUUUAACAGAGGAUAUCCUUAGCAAAUUAAAAAGAAUUGUUGUAAACAAACGAACAACCAAAGUAGCAAUUCAAAGGUUGAGACAGAAAAGGUUCAAAAAGGAAAAGAAGAAGAACACUACGAAUUCAAGAAGACUGCACUUAGGCAAUGAAAGAAAAAAACGAGGUGGUUGUGCUCUACUUGUUCGUGGAUCGAACAAGGAGUCUGGCAGCGGCACUGAUGGUUUUGUUCCAUAUGAAUGGAAACGUACAAUCUUCUCCUGGCUGAUUGAUCUGGAUGUUCUAUCAGUCAACACUAAGCUGAAAUGUAUGGAUGAAAGCCACUCAAAGGUUUUACUAGAGGGUAUUGUCACUAGGGAUGGGAUUAACUGCAGCUGCUGUAGCGAGGUCCUUUCAGUGCUUGAAUUUGUAGCUCAUGCUGGUUCUGAAGUAAAUAAGCCAUACAGAAACAUACUUGUGGAUGGGCUAGACAUUGACCUUUUGCAUUGUCUCAUUAAUGCAUGGAAUAUGCAGUCUGAUGCUGAAAGGCAAGAUUUCUUUCCUGUUAGCAUUGAGGGUGAUGACCCCAAUGAUGACACCUGUGGUAUCUGCGGCGAUGGAGGCAAUUUGAUCUGCUGUGAUGGAUGCCCCUCGACAUUUCACAUGAGUUGUCUAGGACUGGAGGAACUUCCCUCUGAUUAUUGGUGUUGUGCAAACUGUUCAUGUAAAUUUUGCCAUGAACAUUCUAGUGAUGGUGCUGAAGACACUGCUGAUGUUGAUUCUUCAUUUCAUACUUGUUCCCAGUGCGAAGAGCAGUAUCAUGAAGCCUGCUCUCCUGAGAAUGAUUCCAUAACUAACCUUUCCAGUCAGACAGGCAAUUUAUUCUGCCAACAAAGCUGCAGACUGCUGUUUGAGGAAUUGCAGAAUCUUCUUGCAGUCAAGAAGGAUCUUGAACCAGAAUAUUCAUGCAGAGUUGUUCAACGCAUCCAUGAAGAUGUACCAGAAGAAGUCCUUCCUUUGGACAUAAGAGUUGAGUGUAACUCCAAGAUUGCUGUUGCACUUUCAUUAAUGGAUGAAUGCUUCCUUCCGAUUGUUGACCAGAGAACUGGAGUCAACUUGAUACGCAAUGUUGUGUAUAGCUGUGGAUCAAAUUUUGCCCGAUUGGAUUUCCGUGGAUUCUAUGUAUUCAUUUUAGAACGUGGAGAUGAAAUAAUAGCUGCAGCAUCUGUCCGAAUACAUGGAACCAAGUUAGCUGAGAUGCCGUUCAUUGGUACCCGGAAUAUGUAUAGGCGACAAGGAAUGUGCCGCCGACUUGUAGAUGGAAUCGAAAUGAUCCUGAGCUCUCUCAAUGUUGAGAAGUUGAUCAUUCCUGCUAUCACAGAACUUGUGGACACCUGGACAUCUAGAUUUGGAUUUAGUCCACUUGAGGAUUCUGAGAAGGAAGAAGUGAAAUCUAUUAGCAUGUUAGUUUUUCCUGGUACAGGUCUUCUCCAAAAGCCAUUGCUGAAUUCCUUACCUAACGGAGAUCAAAGUUCUCAAGGAGACAAAACUGAGAAAUCACCUGAUGUAGCCAAUGAAGAUUCUCUUUGCUCUGAUGCAAGUGCUGAUCCCCUAGGUUUGGGGGUCAAAGAGCAUGGGGACAACAGCAAAAAUGCUGAUGGUACUUGCAACGGUGCUGUUUCACAACAAUCUCCCCAUUCUUGCACGACGUCGUGCGGCGUCAUCGUCUCGCCGGCUUCGACGAGGGCGCUGCCCACAGCCACGUCGCAGAGGCACCCGCAGAUAUCGACGGCAGCGACCACCGCCACGCAGCAACCGGGGCUCGGGACCGACUUGUCGGUGCAGUCUUCCACGAUGGUCGCCGCGAGCCGGUGCUCGUCGCAGGUGUCGUGGGCCUUCUUCUCCUUCUCCCGCAGCUCGCUCGCCACAGCUGGCGCGCCCGCAGUCGCCGGGACUGAGCUGGCGUACGGCGCCGCCGCCGGAGCCGCCACCUCCAACGCCGCUGCUGCCUGCCGCCGCCGCUCCAGCGACCCCCUCCCCCUCGACUCCGCCAACGACCCCGAGGACGAGAAACAGAAGGGCUACGGUGAGACGCCGGAGACACUCCAUCCUCUUCCUCUCCGGGCACGGGCAGGGGGCAGGGGUUUGUUUGUGUUUGUGAUGGACGUGGGAGGCAGGCGGAACCGCGAAGGGGGUUAA